GUGUUCUUUCUCAUUCUUCAUUCGAUGUACCUCCGAUCUAUACCGGGUUCAAGUAUACGUGGUCAGAUGGCCUGUUGGCUUUUGUGGGAUUGCUUGACAAUAAGACUCUGCUCCGAGUCGUGACUUUCAAGUUGCGACCUUGAACGGCCCAAUCAUUUUCGACAUCGUAACGACGUUUACGCUAUUUUCACACCGAAGAAGAUACUUUGUAAGUCGAUUGACAUCCGUAGAUUGUUCUGUCAUCAAGAUGAAAAACCAAUUGCUCCCACAGGCUUUCACAGGCAGUCAAGUGGUCACUGUUUCAAGUCUGCUAACGUAGGAAUAAGGGAUGAUAUCGAUGCCGGUCGGUACUCACGACGACAUCAAUGAGGUUAUUGAAAUGUAAGCAUUCAAGGCCGUACUGUCUACGUACGUAUCCAGCGGUUUUGUAUAAAAGAUGACACCGAGAGACGCGAUCCCUGAACCAACGGCUCAUGUUGCUUUUAUGGCACUGGAAGCUUGGGGACACACCAGGUCACUUUGCACUCUGGCAUUGAAAUUAGUUCAAACGCGCCCACUCUAUAUUACUUUCUUCACGUCACCCAAUAUUGCUGAACGUGUCGAAUCGGAAUUGUCACGUAGUUUUGGUCCCGAACAACAAGCAUUGAGGACGCUCGUUAGGGUGGCCGCAAUGGAGGUUGGCAAGGCCACUCCUGUGGACCCUCUGCAAUUCCAAAAAUUCAAUCAAUCAUUCGCCGAAACAUAUGAAAAGCUCGUCAAUGGAGAGAGUAUCACAUGUGCAUACUCUGGGAAGGAGAUCAAGCCCGUCGUGGCUCCAGAUGCGAUCAUCAUGGAUUUCUUCUGUGUCCCUGGGCUCGAAGCCGUCCGCAAGUUCAGCAGGAAACCGGUAAAAGUAUUGGCGUGGAUGUCAGGCCAAGCCGCCUACAUUUUGCAUCCCUACGCACCUGUUAGUAGGGGAGGCAGGGGUGAUUUUCGUCCGAGAAUCAUGGAAGAGGUCGCCAAGACGGGAAGACCGAUUGAAGAAGUCUCCGAGGAGAUUAUGCAUGAAGUCACAGGUGCCAUCGUGCGUACGCCCGGGUUGCCGCCCAUGUAUGAUUAUGAGUUCGCACCACAACAGCGGCCGUUCAAGGGAGUUGGUAUCCUUAUGAUGUUGAUGCACAGCUUCAUUGAUCAAUGCGAUGCUAUUGUCUUGUCCACCGCAGAGCCUUACGAAGCUGAAGCUAUCGCUGAGAUCAAGGCGUGGUUCGCAGAGACCUCUCGCGAGGUGUAUACCUUCGGGCCCCUUCUCCCGUUUGGGCAGAAAGCUAUUGAAGGCGAACAGCGUCAAUCCGAGAAGUCAGCUGAAAUCGCUAAGUUCAUGCAGACUACUCUAGAGUCGCAUGGACCGAAGUCCUUAUUAUAUAUCUCUUUCGGUUCGGUGUUCUGGUCGGUGCAACCUGAAAAGAUUUGGGCCUUUUUAGAUGUUGUCAUGGAAAAGAAGAUUCCGUUCAUCAUGAGUAACGCCUCCCCCUUCGGUACUGUUCCCGAUGAGGUUGUCGCAAAGGUGAAGGCAUACGGUCACGGUCUUCUGUCAAAAUGGAGCCCUCAACAGACGAUCCUUGCUCAUCCGGUUACUGGCUGGUUUGUAACUCAUGGUGGCCAAAACAGCAUCGUGGAAUCCAUAACUCUCGGUGUACCGAUGAUUUGCUGGCCCUUCAGCGCCGACCAGCCUGGCAACGCAGCUCGACUUUCCAGUAUCCUCGACGUGGCUUAUGAACUAUUGGAAGUUCGCACUCCACCCCAUGGAUUCAAACCACUCUACCGUUCCGGCAAGGCUCCCGUUGGUACUGUCGAGGCUGUACGUGAAGAGGCACGUCUUGUCCUUGACAAGGCGUUUGGAGAAGACGGUGCAAAGAAACGUGCAAAUAUCGAAACACUUCGGAGAGCCGUGCUGAAGACAUGGGAUGCAGAUGGGCCUGCGCGCCAUGACUUAGAGAGAUUCAUAGCAACGUUACCGUCUUAGAAUCACAGAUUCUAUGCCCAAGUUGAACAAUUUAGAGUCAUAGUUGAAUGUACCUAUCAGUAGGUGUACGCGUUUAUGAAGACCACAACACAUUGGAUAUUGUU